AUGAAUAUUAAAGAAUUAGUAUUAAAAUUAAAUGAAAUUGAUGCAAUUAAAUUAGGAGAAUUUAAAUUAAAGAGUGGUAUUAUUUCACCAAUUUAUAUUGAUCUUAGAGUUACAGUAUCAUCACCACCAUUGUUAGCAGCAAUUGCAGAGAUGAUGUAUCAAAAGGUUUAUAAAUCUGGUAAUGCACAAGAGACACCAGCAUUAGUAUGUGGUGUACCAUAUACAGCAUUACCAAUUGCAACAGGUAUGUCAAUUGCCAACAAUAUUCCAAUGGUAGUACGUAGAAAAGAAGCCAAAGCAUAUGGUACCAAACAAUUGAUUGAAGGUCGUUUCAAAGAGGGUGACAAUGUAUUGGUUGUUGAAGAUUUAGUAACAAGUGGUGCAAGUGUACUUGAAACAGUUAGAGAUUUAAAUUCAGUUGGUUUAAAAGUUACAGACGUAGUCGUGUUAUUAGAUCGUCAACAAGGUGCCAGACAAGCACUUGAGAAACAAGGCUACCGUCUUCACUCAGUCUUUACAAUGGAAGAGUUAAUCAACACCUUAAUCGAAGCUGGUAAAUUAACCGGCCGUACUUUAGAGUUGGUUCAAUCAUUCUUAGACGCCAAUCGUAAUGUAGUAGUACCAUUACCACCAACCCUUGCCCCACCAGCACCAGCACCAAUUGUUAUUAAUAAACCAUUUGAAGAGAGAGCUAAACUUGCAUCAAAUCCAAUGGCAUCUAAAUUAUUCACAUUAAUGUCAAGCAAGAAGACCAAUCUUGCAGUUGCAGCUGAUUUAACUGAUAAACAACAACUUUUAGAUUUAGCAGAAUCAAUUGGUUCAGAAAUUUGUGUUUUGAAGACCCAUGUUGAUAUCAUUGAUAAUUAUGAUGAAGAGUUUAUUAAAUCAUUGAAAUGCAUAGCAGCAAAACAUAAUUUCUUGAUUUUUGAAGAUAGAAAAUUCGCAGAUAUUGGAAACACUGUGAAAUAUCAAUUUGAGAAUGGUGUUUAUAAAAUCUCAAAAUGGGCAGACAUGGUCACCGUACAUGGUGUCGCAGGUUCAUCCAUUGUCGAUGGUUUCAAAUCAGGUUUGAAAGAGUAUGGUUCAGGUUUAUUAUUAUUGGCUCAAAUGUCAUCAAAAGGUUCUUUGUGUGUUGGUGAUUAUACAACUCAAAUGAUUGAAAUGGCAAAUAAUAACAAAGAGGAGGUUAUGGGUUUAAUUUGUCAAGAACGAUUACCAUCAAUGACUGAUGGUUUGGUUUUAAUGACUCCAGGUGUUCAAUUCAAUUCAACUGGUGAUGCUAUGGGUCAACAAUAUAAUACUCCAGAAUAUAUCAUUAAAGAAAAGAAUACUGAUGUUAUCAUUGUUGGUAGAGGUAUUUAUCAAAGUAAUGAUCCAAAAUCUGUUGCAAAUAAAUAUAGAACUGCUGCUUGGGAAACUUAUCAAUCAAAAUUUUAA